UAAUAAAUUGCGGGCUCACCGAGCACCACAUGUUUUCAGAAAUGUGUUGGACUCCGUAAAUCUUCAUGGAAAAGUUCACUUUGCCGCAAAAAGCUGAACAUUUCUACUUGAAAGUCGCCUUAGAGUUUGAAGAACGUGAUGAUGAGGAAUCAUCUGUCAAACCAGUUUUAGACAUACUAUCUUACAAGAAACUUAUACUAGAAGCAUUAGAGCAAUUGCAUGGACAGGUGGGAGGAGCACUUGUCGUUGAUGUUCUCAAAUAUGAGCAAACAACAUCAGAAGCUAUUUUGAGAGUUAAAGAAAGUGGUUUGGUCAAAGUCUGGAGUGCAUUGACUUUACUUGGCUAUUACAAAGAUCAUCGCUGUGCAUUUCAUAUCUGUCAGGUUUCUCCUCAUCUGAUGGCAUUAGCUGUUGACAGUAGGAAAUGGAAACCAAAGGCUGAUGAUCAAAUGGAUCAAGAAUAAACUAAAGAGCUUGAAGUAUCUUUUGUAUGGUGAUAAAAAUAAAAGUCCUCUACUAAAACAAACAAUAGGAUGGUGUAGACAAUUCCUGCUCAUGUAUACUUUGAUUUCUAAGCUAAAGAGAUGAAAUCUGAAAUGGGAUUAAAAUUUUGUGCUUACGCCUGAAAAUGUGAACACAAACUGUACAGACCUGCACUUUUGUACUUAAGAGCAUUAGGCAGGAACACAAAAUGUUUGUAUUCCUAGUCCAUAAUACAAAGAAAUACACAAAAWUGUAAAAAGACAAAACAUUAAUAAAAAGUAAACGACUUUAAUCCAAUUG